AAACCGUUACAUAGUAUUAAAAUAAAUAAAAAUAAAAACUGUAGAUCUAACGGUUGACAAAGCGUGACAUUACUUCACUAAUCUUCCUCGUAUGUUUUCAUUUUCAUUUUCCCCUUUGAAGCUUUUUACUCUUACGCUUUACCCAUCUCCCUCCUCCAUUAAAGCGUACUCCGAGCUCUUCAUUGAAGCGCCUUCCGACCUUUCUCUCCUCCAUUUUAGGAGUUCUGAGAGAGAACCAGAAGUUACUGAUGGCUGCUAGAGUGCUCUCUCGAAUCAAAAACAGUCCCCUUGUCAAUACACUGAGGCAGGCUAGUUCUCCAUUUUGCAGCUCUUCAACUGUAACACAGGGCCAGCCAUCUGCUAUUCUUGGCUCAUACAACUCAGGAUGGACCAUGUCACCUUCUUCUCUGGGAACUACUUCGAAGAAAUCCAGUGAUCUUAUUCCUGCAAUGGGCUCUCUAUGGCGAAAUUCAGGCUGUAGUCCUGCUUUAGGAUCAGUUAUUUCUCAGCCACGAUCUGGUUUUUCUUUGAGUGUUCUUAGGAUGGCUGUAUCUGUACGCUACAAUUCUACAUCAGGGAUAUACGCUAAUGUAAGGAAGAGAUUCAGCAAACAACGCAGAAACAGAGGUGAAAUGAAGGGAGUUUCAGAUAAUGAUCUUUCUUUUGGUAAGUAUGCUCUUCAGGCACUUGAACCAGCUUGGAUCACAUCUAAACAAAUUACAGCAGGGCAGCUAGCAAUCAAAAGGAACAUGCGUGGUGGAAAACUAUUCAUGCGCAUAUUUCCGCACAAACCGAUUACUCUAAGACCUGCAGAAACACGUAUGGGUCGUGGGAAAGGAAACAUAGCACAUUGGGUAGCUGGUGUUAGAGCUGGCAGAAUAAUUUAUGAAAUAAAUGGAGUGCCAGAAAGUGUAGCACGCAAGGCAAUCACGGUUGCAGCAUCAAAAUUUUCUGUGAGGACCAAAUUUAUCAAAUCUACAGCAUAGUUACAAGUAAUGAUUCUCUUCCCCAUUGUUUGGACCUUUUACUACAGCAUAAAUACAUCUCUUGUUUUCUUUGAAUAUUUGCACCUUUUUUCUCUCAAGGAACUUGCUGGAGAAUAUUUUGAUAGGUUGGACUAUGAGCUCUAUGUGAGCAGAGAAGGUAGAGAACUUGGCUUGUAAAGGCCCAGUAACUGCAGUCGAAGGGGUAUUACAGAUUAUAUCGGGCUCUAACUAGCUGUUAGUUGAAUUGAAAUUUUUAAUUUUGAGCUGUAUUUGGUUGGGCGGAAAACAUUUUCCAGAAAAUAAUACAAGUAUGAACAUUUUAUCUUUUAUUAUCAUCUGCCAGGUUUAUCCGGUCUGAAUUUGAUGCCUUUGUGUUUUGUGCUAAAAUUGAUCUUGUACUUGUAUUUGAA